GUGGAGGGUAUUAAGAAGUGCCCUAGAUGUAAUUAAGGAUGAUCUUAUCGAAUAUAAUUCAUGGACUUUACUAGCCUGAAAACGGUAUAGUUUUAGUGUAAAAAAUAACUAUUCAACAGAUUAACACUUUCAGUUGAAUAAGCGGAAGAGGAAUUAACUAUGGAAUUUCGUAAUUGCUAAAAGCUACGCCAUAUUUGGAUCGCCAGAUGCCAAGAAAAUUUUCUAAGUGAAGCUACUUUAUUCACCAGUCCACCUGAAAUUAAAGUGUGCAGACGUGAAGAUGGAGUAUCAUUCAAAUUGUCAUCAACGGACGAUGAAUGGAGACUUGUAGUCCAGGUGCCUAAUGAAGAUACUGUCACUGAUGUGAUUAACUAUAACGUUAUGAAGAGCGAUGAUGAUUACGGCACAAUAAGCGCCUUACCCGAAGCUAACUACACCAUUUGGACCACGACCCUGAACAGUGAAGGCAAGCAUUCCCUCUGGCUCCGGGGUCCUCAUGUUGAACCCUGGAGAGUAACUGAUGAGCUAUAUGAUAUCAAUGUGCACCUGCAGUAUGAGAAUAAAGAAAAAUCUACGGUCCGAGCUUUGUUCGAAUGGGAUAGUGAUGAUGCCACCUGCGCUUGCUUUAAUGUCAUGUCUUCAUGUGAAAACACGAAAAUUUCAGAAGACAUCAUAUGGCCAAAUGAAACCAAUAACAAUUCUACCUGGGAAGUAAGAGAUCUGCCUACAGACUCAUCUUGUGUAAUUCGUGUGUCGGGCCCUCGUGGAGCCACCUACAAACAUUACCGCACUAAAGUCCAGGAAAUUCCCGCCCGCAUAAAACCAAGCAGUUAUUUGGUAGCUAAUCAAGCGACGAAUGACCGAAAUCCAAACAAAGCAAAUGAAGACGUGAUCAAAUCAAAUAAACCAAAUAUAACAGACGAACUUUCUGAAGACCAAAAUUAUAUUAAACCUACUGAGGCUCCUGGGGUUAAUUUGGAUGAUAGAAAGCCACAUAACGUGACGAUAAUAGCUAACGAUUCUACAGAUGGUUGGGAUGUAAUAGUAGGCUGGGUGAGACCAAAAUGUUCUCCUGAUAAAUAUAACGUUACACUUGUAGGAAAUCACAUUCGACGUAGUGUACUGGUGCCAGGGAACGAUACUAAAGCGGUAAUCAAAAAUGUAAGGGAUGAGGGUUUUUAUUACGUUAUUAUUGAUGCUGUCCACGGCAAAAAUAUCACUCGUACGAGUAGGAACGCUGUUUUCCCAGAAAAAUCCCAUUUGGCCGGGUUGGUAACAAGUAUAGCCGUGCUUGCAGCGAUUAUUCUGCUCGUGGGGGGGUUCAUGUGCCUGAAGAAACGCCGAGCUGACAAACAGAAGCGGUCCUAUAUCCUGGAUUUAGACGAGAAGCCGUCCAAAGACGCGUUGGAGACGUUCGACGUGGAAUGUUCUCGAAGCGAGGAGUACUGGGAGGUGGGGUCGCGGCGCCUGCUGCUGCACGAGGUGGUGGGGGAGGGCGCCUUCGGGGUGGUGCGCCGCGGGACGCUCGGGGGCGAGGAGGUGGCCGUCAAGAUGCUCAAAGACUUCCCGACGCUGGACGAGAUCCGUUCAUUCCACGCGGAGAUCGAGCUGAUGCGGCUGAUGAAGACGGUGGGGAGGCACGCGCACGUGCUCGCGCUGGUGGAGUGCUGCGCCGGCCGCCGCCCGCUCAUACUCACGGAGUACUGCAGCGGCGGAGACCUGCUCAGCUACCUCAGAUGCAUCUGGGACGUGAUGGUAUCCAAACGGAAAGCGAAAUAUUACAACAACAACAUAGAAUCGUGCGAGUACAGAAACGACCUGUUCAAGUGUAAAUUCGAGAGGCACCAGUCCAAACUUGUGGUCAACAAACUGUAUGACCUGCAGGGGAUCUGCGAUACUGAGCUAACAUCUAGAGAUUUACUGUCCUUCUGCCGUCAGAUAGCUAUGGGCAUGGACUUCUUAGCGUCCAAUAAAGUUGUCCAUAGAGAUUUGGCCGCGAGAAACAUAUUAGUAGCAAGGGACAGGACUUUGAAGAUAGCAGAUUUCGGACUGUCGAGAGACGUGUACGAGGAGAACCAGUACAAGCAGAAGGGAAAUGGAAAGAUGCCCGUGAAGUGGAUGGCGUUGGAGUCUCUAGAAAGGAAGAUAUACACCACUAAGAGCGAUAUAUGGUCGUUCGGCGUGGUGGUGUGGGAGAUCGUGACUGUGGGCGGCUCCCCGUACCCCGACGUACCACCAGCGAGGCUGCUGCGGUUCCUGCGCGAAGGGUACAGGAUGCAGAGGCCUAACAACUGCAGCAGAGAACUGUACGAGCUAAUGUUAUCGUGCUGGCACGUGCAGCCGGGCGCGCGGCCGUCCUUCGGCGAGCUGCACCGGCGGCUGGACGCGCUGCUCAACUCCGUGUGCGCGCAGGACUACCUCAGCCUGGAGAUGAACGAGGACCGGCCUGUGGCGGCUCGCAGCAGAUACGUCAGGAUGAUCAAAGAGAAGCUGGGUUGGUCUCGCAACGACAGCUACUUCCGCGACUGCCGGCUGUUCCCCGCACACAACCACUACUCGUCGCCGCCCGUGGCUCUGCCCGCCUUGCAGCCUGCCUGACCACUCCACCUUUACUUCUGUAUUUCACUACAUCAAUCCAAAGUUCUUGAGGUAUAUGCGGGGUGUUAAUUGGGAAAACAAACGUACCAAUUAAGAAAUUAUCUAAAAUUUAAAUAGGUAUUAGAAGUUUUGGUGGUUUUUAAAAUAUUUAUAGAUUUAUAAUAAGUGUACAGCGACAGAGUGUUCAGAUAUUUUAAUUUAGUCCCUUUUUCAUUCCAACUUUACAGUACUCAAGAAUUAUUUCGAAAUAAAUGCAUGUAAAAUCAUUAUCCCUUUACAUGCACAAUUCUUAAUAAAUGUGUAAAAAAAAUAAAAUUUAAAAACUUUUUUUAAAAAUAUGAAUAAUUAUAUUGGUUUCGGAUGUGGCCGAAGGGGAUAGAUUCAAUAGUUUCAUGGUUAUAUGUAUGUUUUCAAUAAUUUUAUUAUACCUUCUUAAAGAAGUAGUUAAAUUAAGUCUUAAAUAAUUAUGAUUGCCUAAUUUUUAUACUUAAUGGCUGUGUUCUGUAUACAAAUUAGGAAGGUAAGAAUCUAGAUCUGCCUGUAGUAUUGUAUAGAAAUAGAUUAAGCAGAAUUCAGUGAAAUGUGAUAGUAAGCUUAGAUCUCACGUUAAUUGAUAAGUUAGCCUCUCUUUUAGUUAACUAGACUUAGGUAAUUAACCCGCUCUGCUAAAU